UCCAGUACGUUUUCGUGUUUCUCUGCUUCUUUUUCCUUACUUUCUCGCUCUUUCUCUUAGUAUAAAGCUGCAAAGGAUUCGAUACAAACAGAGUGCGUAGGAUAAGAGAAUGCGCACAGUUUUUUUUUUGUUCGAAGCGAAAGAACAAACGAACGAACGAACCAGAGAGAGAGAGAGAGAGAGAGAGAGAGAGAGACGAAACAAUGAGUUUAAUACAGAGGCAAAGGUAAAAGAAGGGAAUCGACAAUCAUCACUCUUUCAUCGAAAGGUCGGUUUCCUUUUUCCUGGCGCAAGCUAAAAAGAAAAGAUAAAAAAAAAAAACAAGCACUCGAGAAUCCGACCACUCAUGCUUCGUUCCGCGUGCGUGAUGCAAGCUUGCUUUUCUCUGAUAGGUUGCGGAUGACCCACUUAGAUUUCAGUACUUUUGCAGGUUGUGUUCCUGGCUCCUGGAUAUUGAGCGUGGUGUUUGUCGAUUUGGAUUGGUUUUUGGAAGAAACGUGAGAUUCUGUGAGGCGGGUUAGUAGAUUUUUCAAUUUUCUUCUGGGGAAACAAUAGAUUCUCUGACGUGGGCUAGGGAAAUUCUGGGGUGUUUUGGAAGAAUAAAGACGAGAUUUUGGGACUGGGUUGGUGUCUCUUGAACUCGAACCAAAUGAGGGUGUUCUGCAACUGUCGUUUUGGGCAGUGAUGGUAGGAGAGAAAAUGAGUUACUCUAUUGCGUGUGCUCUGGUUUGGUAGAGAUUACCAUGGCCUCUGUUGAAGAGAAUGUCAAACCAGGAGGUUUGGCAAAUGGGUCAUCAACUCUAAUGGAUGAGAUGAAGAUUUUGAAGGAGUUUCAGGAUCUGUCUGGGGUUAGGAACACUAUACAUUCCGAGCUUUGGCAUGCUUGUGCUGGACCGCUUGUUUCCUUGCCUCAGGUCGGCAGCCUCGUAUAUUACUUCCCCCAAGGACACAGUGAACAGUUAUGGCAACAGGUGGCAGUUUCAACUAAAAGAACAGUUACAUCGCAUAUCCCUAACUACCCAUGUCUCCCAUCCCAGCUGAUGUGCCAGGUUCACAGUGUUACAUUGCAUGCCGACAAAGAAACAGAUGAGAUCUAUGCCCAAAUGAGUCUUCAGCCUGCGAACUCUGAAAAGGAUGUUUUCCCUAUUCCAGAUUUUGGAUUAAAGCUGAGCAAGCAUCCAAGUGAGUUCUUCUGCAAGACUCUGACUGCAAGUGACACAAGCACACAUGGUGGCUUCUCAGUGCCCCGAAGAGCAGCAGAAAAGCUCUUCCCACCCUUGGAUUAUUCAAUGCAGCCUCCAACCCAGGAGCUUGUUGUCCGAGAUUUGCAUGACAAUACAUGGACAUUUCGUCACAUAUACCGUGGGCAGCCGAAGCGACACCUCCUCACAACUGGUUGGAGUUUGUUUGUGGGUGCAAAAAGGCUUAGAGCAGGUGAUGCUGUUCUAUUUAUCAGGGACGAGAAGUCGCAGUUAUUGCUGGGUGUGAGGCGUGCAAAUCGUCAGCAAACAGCAUUGCCAUCUUCAGUUCUCUCAGCUGACAGCAUGCACAUUGGAGUCCUUGCUGCUGCAGCUCAUGCUGCUGCUAAUAGAAGCCCAUUUACCAUUUUUUAUAACCCUAGGGCAUGCCCCUCGGAGUUUGUCAUUCCUUUAGCCAAAUACCAAAAAGCCGUGUAUGGCACCCAGGUUUCAAUUGGGAUGAGAUUUGGAAUGAUGUUUGAAACAGAAGAGUCAGGCAAACGCAGAUAUAUGGGCACAAUAACUGGUAUUAGUGACCUAGAUCCAUUGAGGUGGCCUGGUUCCAAGUGGCGUAACCUUCAGGUUGAAUGGGAUGAACCUGGAUGUGUUGAAAAGCAUAAUAGAGUGAGCUUAUGGGAAAUUGAGACCCCUGAAAGUCUUUUUGUUUUCCCUUCUUUGACGUCUGGUCUUAAACGACCAUUACAUCCUGGAUUUGUAGGAGCAGAGACUGAAUGGGGAAAUAUGAUCAGAAGGCCUUUUAUGCGUGUAGCAGAAGGUGGAAAUGAUCUCCCAUGGCCCCCAAUUCCAAGUGCAGGUUCUGAACCACUGAUCAAGAUGCUACUCAAAUCUCAAAGUGUUAGUCCCACUGGAACAUUUUCUUCUUCCAUACCACCUUGUCUAGUUAAGGCAGCUCCAGUACCAGAAGGAGAAACACUGUAUCAGACAUUAGUCCAACAGAAACCUAAUAUUCUUCCUUCAGAAAAUUCUUCUCUGCAAACUCAGAAUCUUCAUCAGCACAUGGAUCAAACCCAUGCAGCAGAUGGAAAUUUAGCAUCACAAACACAUGUAUCUGAAAAAGAGAAACCUUCAAAUAAACUUGAAGACCAGUUACAACCCAAAACACAACCUGAGGAACUAGAUGUGGCACCUAUCAUUGCACCAGAUCACCUUACCCAGUUGACAGACAAAUUAAUUGGCAGUGCUUUAAGUCCUCAGAACCUUGCAAACCAGCUAUUACUAUUGAAUCAGAGUACAUUGCAGUUGCAGUCAGGUUCACGAGUUGUAAAGCAGCAUUUGGAAGCAAAUACUGCACUUUCACAAGUUAAUACAACACAAUUGGACGCAAACAACCUAAACAGCAUACUUCCACACCCAGGUCUCCUCUCAUCUCAGUACUUGGAUGCUGAUGAUUGGGUGUUACACCCUUUUACUUCUCAAUCUCUUGCCAGUAUUCUUAAAUCGCCAGUACCUCUAUCUGGGUGUGGUAAGAAGGAUACUUCAAUUGUGUUUCCAGAAACAGUUAACCCUAUCCUGACUCCAUUGGGUCAAGAAACAUGGGGCUCACAGCUGAAUUAUCCCAGGUAUCCAUCUCAAGCAGAUCAGUUACCUACGUGCACUGAGCAAGAUUCAACUGCUCUUCAAAGUAUCUCUAAUCCAUGUGGAUUAAGAGGUAUUUCUGAGGACAGUAACAGUCAAAGUGAGAUUUACAAUGGUCUUCAUUUUGAUGCAAGCAACUGUGGAAGUACUGUUAUUGAUCCUUCUGUGUCGAGCACAGUGCAGGAGAAGUUUGGUACAUUAAGGGAUUCUGAUUUCCUGAAUCCUUCUGACUGUUUAUUUAGUAACUUCAGUUCAAGCCAGGACGUUCAGUCUCAGAUAACAUCUGCAAGCCUAGCAGACUCUCAUGGAUAUUCUCUGCAAGAGUUCCCAGACCACUCGGGUGGCACAUCUUCAAGCAAUGUGGAUAUUGAUGAGGGUAGUCUGUUGCAGAAAAGCUCAUGGCAACAAGUAUCUGCACCUUUGCGGACAUAUACAAAGGUCCAAAAGCUAGGAUCAGUUGGGAGGUCAAUUGAUGUUACGAGGUUUAAAAACUAUGAGGAACUACGAUCAGCAAUUGCAUGCAUGUUUGGACUUGAGGGGCUGCUGGAUGAUCCAAAAGGUUCAGGAUGGAAACUUGUUUAUGUGGAUUAUGAGAACGAUGUUCUUCUUGUGGGGGAUGAUCCAUGGGAGGAGUUUGUUAGCUGUGUGCGCUGCAUCAGAAUUCUGUCUCCAUCUGAAGUUCAGCAGAUGAGUAAAGAUGGAAUUCAACUUCUUAAUAGUGCUGCAAUCCAAGGGACCAAGACUUUAUCAGAUGAUGGUUGCAACAUUUGGGAUGGCAUGACCUGAUUUAUAUGCUUCAGGUUGCACACUUUGUGAGUUCAAGCAACUUAAAAAAAGAAAAAGUAUACUUUGAUGGAGAAAAGUGCCCAUAUGAGUUCUUUUUGAUUGGCCAAAUCAAGUGAUUGUUCUUGCCAUGGAUGAAUUACUAUGGAGCUGUCGGAACAGAAAUACAUCUGACAGACCUCAUUCAUUGUUACAGAGUGUGAACAAGCUUAGUAAGUUCUUCAGAUGCUGUAUCUUUAAAUCCACUGUAUUUGGAAUGUAUUUUCUUGUUUGUAUUUGCAGAGAUGGUUUUCAAUGAAUGCAUAUAUAAGCUGCAUAAUCCAUAUUUCAAA